GAUGGCCUGUGGGAUGCCUCUACCUCCAGUAAACGGGAGUAUCGUCGGGCAGGACUUCACUCUUGGUGCCAGGGCCAUGUACCAGUGCAACCCUGGCUUCAGAUUGGCCAGCCCCCUGGCCGUGUCAGUCGUCUGCCAGGAGUCUGGGAGGUGGAGCCCCAAUGAGGCCCCGCCCCGCUGCAUACGUGAGUAGUACUCAUCGAUUGGAUUUUAUUAGGUAUUAGACAGUUUAUUAAGUACACCCUUCUAGUACUCGGCUCGGAGCCCCCCUUUGCCUCCAGAACAUCCUGAAUUCUUCGGGGUGGAUUCUACAAGGUGUCGGAAAAACAUUCUUUACUCAACUGGUAUCAAGGGACCUAAAGAGUGCCAGGAAAACUUUCCCCACCACCACCAUUCCACCACCACCAGCAGCAGCCUGUACCGUCGACACCAGGCAGGACGGGGCCAUGGACCUCAUGCUGCUUACGCCAAAUCCUGACUCAACAGGAACCGGGAUUUGUCGGACCAGGCAAUGUUUUUCCAGUCCUCGGUGUUGGUGAUCGAUGUGCCCACUGGAGCCGCUUCUUCUUGUUUUUACCUGAUAGGAGUGGAACCCGGUGUGGUCGUCUGCUGCAAUAGCCCGUCCGUGACAAGGACCGCCGAGUUGUGGUUUCCCGAGAUGCCGUUCUGCCACACCACUGUUGUACUGCGCCGUUAUUUUCCUGUUUGUGGCCCGCCUGUUAGCUUGCACCAUUCUCCUUGCCAUUCUCCUUCGACCUCUCAUCAACGAGCUGUUUUCGUCCACAGGAAUGCCGCUGACUGGAUGUUUUUUGAUUGUCCCACCAUUCUCUGUAAACCCUAGACACUGUCAUGUGUGAAAAGCCCAGGAGGGAGGACGUUUCUGAGAUACUGUAACCGGUGCGCCUCAAGUCGCUUAGGUCACUAAUGUUCAAUCGAGCAGUAACUGAAUGCCUCGAUGCCUGUCUGCGUUUACAUUUACAUUUUAGUCAUUUAGCAGAUGCUCUUAUCCAGAGCGACUUACAGUUAGUGAGUGCAUACAUACUUUUUUUUAUUUUUCAUACUGGCCCCCCCGUGGGAAUCCAUAUCUCCCUGCUUUAUAUAGCAAGCCACAGCCACGUGACUCACUGUCUGUAGGAGCAAUCCAUUUUUCGUGAAUAAUAAACUGGCCGGUGAGUGUAUGUCCUCAUUGGUUGGAGAUCACUUAUCAUGAGUCCUCAUUGGUUGGAGAUCACUUAUCGUGAGGCCUCAUUGGGUGGAGAUCACACAUAGUUCGGUUCUCAUUUGGGCAUGAGUUCCCAGAGAUAUAAUUUUAGUCUACAUUUCCUUCCACAUUUGUAAUGAUUUAGAAUAAGUUUUAUAACUAGGUUUUAUUCAGAAUUACAGUGAGUUGUGACAGGGUUCAACCCCAACACCAUGUUAGAUUUAAGACUGUUCUGUAUGUGUUCAUUUUGGGUAGAGAAACAUCACCAGCACUUCUUCACUGUCCAAGAGUCACUCAAAGAUGACUGUUGAGAUCCAAGAAUGAGGUGUCACUGUCAAGCUUGUGGCAUGUUUAGGUUAUAAGUAACCUCACUUAGAUAAUUAGUUUUGGUUUUUCCAGACAAAAUCACAAUUUUAAAUGUACUACGACAACUACAUAUAAUAAUGUAGCAACUAUUAUCAUAUGGUAUGAUAGACUUGUCAUACAGAUCAAUAGACUGAGACAUAUAGUGUAUUGCCUAUUAACUAAAUAAAGUAGUAAUUUCACAUCUUACCAGUUCAGUUAGUCAUUUUUGACCCCUGACCUUUGCAGCGGUGACCUGCCCUGACAUCGGCCACGCUGCAGUGGAUCAUGGGAGAUGGAGGCUGAUCUACGGGUCUCAGAGCCAGUACGACGCCAUGAUGAUGCUCAUCUGUGACCCCGGAUAUUACUACAAGGGUCAGAGGGUCAUCCGUUGCCAGGCCAACAGCACCUGGGACUACCCAGAGCCCCGGCCGGCAUGCGAGAGUGAGUCAGAAACUAUAUCUCCCACAAUGCAUUUUAGAACAGUAAAAUAUGCCAUUUUGCUUUCAGCCAAGAUAUGCUUUAGUUGAUUUAGCUUGUUCAGGAUUACAGAAUGAGACACAGUCAAUAAAAUACAUUUACCAUGGAAAUCAUUAUCAAUGCUAAUUCACCUGACCAAUGCUUUCUUUAUAUGGCGAGAGAGAAAGAGCGAAGAUCUGAGGACGUUAAAACAAAAUGAUCUCUAAAUUGCAAAGAGUUAAACCAAAUUGAUACAUAAAUUGUUCCAAUGAAACAAGUUAAAUAUAAGUGUUUUGUCUUUUAGGGUUAUGAAUUUUCUAUGCUUGCUUAAUCGGUCCUCCAGAUCUGCAGACCAGUCAUCAUCUUCGCAUCGGACACUCUACAAGCAUCCCCUGCAGUUCUUCUUCUUGUCCAUCCCUGACGCAGUGCAUGAUCUCUCGAGACGCAGAAUCACUUCUCCCUCGAUCUAUCAGAGCCUCUACCCCAAUACUACAUCAACCUUACCUCAUAAACGCAUGAACAUCUAACCUCCUUCUCUCCUCUCUUGGCUCAACUAAUAUAUCCUUCUUCCUAGUCACUCCGCAUAGUCUGUCUCCUCUACUCUGCCUCUACCAUUCUCAUCAGACCUCGUCCCUAGCACCUCCAGCUCCUCUCCGUACCAUCUCCUAUCUCUCUCCUCUCUCUCCUCUCCUCUCCUCUCCUCUCCUCUCCUCUCCUCUCCUACUUCUUUCUUCCUCCUCUUCCUCUCCUCUCCUCUCCUCUAACUCUCCUCUCCUCGCCUCCUCAGUAAUCUCCUGUGGGGACCUGGGCACUCCUCCGAAUGGGAAUAAGAUCGGGACUCUGACGGUGUUCGGAGCGACAGCCAUCUUCUCCUGUAACACAGGCUAUACUCUGGUGGGGUCCCGGGUCAGAGAGUGCAUGUCCAACGGCCUCUGGAGUGGAUCUCAGGUCCAGUGUCUCGGUAAGAGGACCAGAACCAGCUAGAGUCAGUUACAACCAGAUUUAAUCAGUUCAAUCCCAUUUUUUUGUAUUUCAGCUGCUCUGAAUAUUGAGCUGAUCAAGCUAUUUUCACAAAGAACCAGAUCAUAGUGUUUGGUUACCAUUGUGUUUUAUAUGGCAAUAUGUAGGACCUAUUUAUGACAGACAGAAUAUAGCCUGUAUACACAUGUAAUAUAUAUAUAUAUAUAUAUAUAACUGUGUACAUAUGUGACUGUUUUUCUUUGUCUCUGUUCUGUUCUGUCCCUCCUCCCUAGCGGGUCACUGCGGUACCCCAGAACCCAUAGUGAAUGGUCAGAUCAUAGGAGAGAACUACAGCUACAGAGGUAGCGUGGUCUACCAGUGUAACCCAGGAUUCAGACUCAUCGGGGUGUCUGUACGCAUCUGUGAACAGGACCACCGCUGGUCCGGACGCACCCCUGUCUGUGUCCGUAAGUACACGGAGAUAGUGGCUUGAGAUGGGUCGAACAAAAAAUCUACCUUUUUUUUUUUUUUUUUUUUUACAGAAAUCCCAAUGGAACUUUUCCAGAAUUAGGAGGGAAUUAUCAGGGAAUACAGGAAUCCUCCAACCGGGAUUUCUAGAAAACCUGGGAAUUUUGGGAAAGUUUGUGGAAUUGUGCAACCCUAGUGUCCUGAUAGGUGAAUGGGGACUUGUAGACUUGGGUCUAACUAUUGUGUAAUGAAUAGGAUUGGAUGUAGACUUGGGUCUACCUAUAGUGUAUGGCUUCUACUGGCUAAGGUGGAAUGGAAUUUGAAAACAUACAGACUGAUGUGUUUUUGGGGUAGUGUUAACAGUUUUUAAUAUACUUUAGACAUGUUCACUGAUAGUGAUGGAUAUUGUCUAUAUUGUCCUUGUCUCCAUAGCGACCACAUGUGGUCACCCGGGCAACCCUACCUUUGGCGUUACCCAGGGAACGCAGUUCAACCUGAACGAUAUUGUGCGCUUCGUUUGCAACACCGGCUACGUCCUACAAGGGGCUGUUAAGUCUCACUGCCAGUCCAACGGACAGUGGAGCAACACCCUGCCCAAAUGU